AUGGCGGCGCGGCAAGUAAUGCCGCGCGAAUUACCGACGUUCGCUGGUGACCCACAAGACUGGCCGUUGUUCUCCAGUUCGUUUUACAACUCAACGGCGGCUUGUGGAUUCACAGAUGUGGAGAAUUUGGCUAGACUACAACGUUGCUUGAAGGGACAUGCGCUAGAUUCGGUGAAGAGCCGUCUGCUGUUGCCACAGUCAGUGCCACACGUGAUGGAGACACUACGGAUGCUGUAUGGACGACCAGAAAUCUUGAUCCACUCCCUGCUGCAAAAUUUGCGAAAUGUACCGUCACCGAAAACUGAGAAUUUGCAGUCAAUCAUCAACUAUGGGAUGGCCGUACGUAAUCUUGUCGACCAUAUGCAUGUUGCAGAUCUGGUGGAGCACUUGCGCAAUCCAAUGUUGGUGCACGAGCUGGUGGAGAGGCUACCACCACAAAUGCGAAUGCAGUGGUCUUGGUACAAACGCUCAAUCCCGGACGUCAACCUGGCGACGUUCGGUGAUUUCAUGUCAGAGUUAGUGAAGACAGCGACAGAUGUUACGAUGCCCAGAGAUGCUUCAAUGCAACAGGGUAAGUCUGUCAAUACAGGACGAGAGAAGCAGAAUCUAUACGUCCACACGGAGGCUGAUAACGGCCAAUUAGCAGCAACGAUGACGAAAGAACCGGAGAUUGCAAAGCGAUCGUGCCCUUACUGUUCAGACGACGGUCACGAAAUAGCACGAUGCCCUCAGUUCAAGGCAUUAGAUCUGGAUGGGAGGUGGAAGGCGAUACGAUCGAAGGGGCUUUGCCGAACAUGCUUGAUUCCGCAUCGCAAGUGGCCGUGCCGUUCGAGCAAGGAGUGUGGAGUAGAUGGUUGCCGAUUUCGUCACAAUGCGUUGCUACAUUCACGGGCAGCGACGGAGUCAGAUGCUGCUCAUCCGAAGCCCAGCGAAACCGUCGCGCGACAGAAUCAUCAUUCUGCGACGAAAUUUUCACUGUUCCGCUAUCUACCAGUAACGCUUGAAGCGAACGGAAGAAAGGUCGAAACUUUCGCAUUUCUAGACGAUGGAAGUGAGUCUACGUUGAUGGAAGCCGGACUAGCACAGGAGUUGGACAUCGUCGGCCCCGAAGAAUCUCUCUGGCUUUCCUGGACCGGGAACAUAUCUCGGGAAGAGAAGGGUUCACAACGAAUCUCAGUGGCUAUCUCGGGAACCGGACUCAAGAGUCAAUACCAGCUGAGCAACGUACGUACGGUACAGAAGUUGAAGCUACAAGGUCAAUCGUUCCAGUACACCGAGCUUCAAACGAUCUAUCCACAUCUAAGAGGACUACCGCUACAUAGUUACUCAGAGGCAGUACCGAGAAUCAUCAUCGGUAUCGAACACGCACAGAUGCUCACUACCCUAAAGGUGCGAGAAGGUAGAGCCAACGAACCAGUUGCGGCGAAGACGCGGCUUGGCUGGUGCGUGUACGGUAAACAGGUUGACGGUAGUAGUGCUGUAACGCGGCUGCAUGUGCAUUCAGAGGAACACGUGAACCGUGAGCUGCAUGAGCUGAUGAGGCAGUACUUCAGCAUCGAGGAGGCGGCGGUGGCUACUCCGUUAGAGUCGGAAGAGGAUAAACGGGCCCGCACAAUUCUGGAGAGAACAACAAGAAGGGUUGACGGUUGCUUCGAAACUGGGCUCCUGUGGAAGUAUGACCGACCGACGUUCCCAAACAGCUAUCCACUUGCAGUGCGCAGGAUGCAGUCAUUGGAGAAGCGACUGGCCAAAGAACCUGGCCUCAAAGAACGAGUGAAUGAUCAGAUAGCAGAGUACGAGUCAAAAGGAUACGCCCACCGAAUAACACCUGAGGAAGUUCAGACAACAAACCCGGAUCGUGUGUGGUAUCUGCCGCUCGGCAUCGUGACAAACCCUAAAAAGCCACAGAAAAUCCGUCUGAUUUGGGACGCUGCAGCUCGGGUCAACGGCGUUUCGUUCAACGACAUGCUCAUCAAAGGACCAGACAUGCUGACGUCACUGUUCACGGUUCUGCUGCGGUUCCGUCAGCGAUCAGUUGCCGUGUGUGGAGACAUACGAGAGAUGUUCCACCAAGUUCGGAUCAUCCCACAAGACAAGCAGUCGCAGCGGUUCCUCUAUCGAGAUCAUCCAGAUCAGCCCCCUCAGGUCUUCGUCAUGGACGUGGCAACCUUCGGUGCGACGUGUUCGCCGUGCUCCGCACAGUUCGUCAAGAACACCAACGCCCAGAACUUCGCAUCGCAAUUCCCGAGAGCCGCAGAGGCGAUCAUAAAUGCCCAUUACGUCGAUGACUACCUUGACAGUGUAGAUACGAUCGACGAAGCGGUCGAAUUGGUGAAAGAUGUAAAGUUCGUUCACGCACAAGGUGGUUUCGACAUCCGGAAUUUCUCGUCCAAUUCGGCCGAAGUAUUACAACGUUUGGGCGAGACUGAGAACGUAAAGGAGAAAUCAAUGAUUCUGGAUAAAUUUCCGGAUAUGGAGCGUGUUCUAGGGAUGGUAUGGAAACCAACUGUUGACGUGUUCACCUUUGAUACCACUAUGAAAGAUGAUCUUACGACGCUACUGGUAGGAGGAGACACGCCCACAAAACGACAGGUGUUGAGGCUCGUUAUGUCGCUGUUUGACCCUUACGGGUUUAUCGCCCACUUCAUCAUUCACGGCAAGAUCCUUAUGCAGCACAUUUGGAGAUCCGGCACAGACUGGGACGAAAAGAUUGUGGAUGAACUACAUGAUCUGUGGAACGAUUGGACACGUCUUCUGAAGCAAUUGGGUGAAGUAGAAGUUCCCCGCUGUUUCUUCGGUGCGGCAAAUAGUAAGCUGCACAGCGGGAUACAACUUCAUGUGUUUGUCGAUGCGAGCGAACUAGCGUAUGCUUGCGUUGCUUAUUUGCGUAUCGUCCACGAUAGGGAAGUGCGAUGCGUGUUAGUUGCAGCGAAGACCAAGGUGGCGCCGCUUAAACCGCUCUCCAUCCCCCGCUUAGAGCUGCAAGCCAGCCUGAUAGGCAGCUGGUUGCUGAACAACAUCUGCACUGCCUUGGAUCUGCCCAUAGAUAAGCGGUUCGUUUGGACAGAUUCCAGAACAUCUCUCUCGUGGGUUCGCUCGGAUAGUAGGCGUUAUCAUCCAUACGUAGGUUUUCGUGUCGGCGAGAUUCUGAAUUCUACUACCGUCGAUGAGUGGCACUACGUUCCGUCGAAACAGAAUGUGGCUGACGACGCCACGAAGUGGGGAGUUGGACCUAGCUUCAGUGCGAGUAGUCGCUGGUACACGGGUCCGGAUUAUCUCUUCUUGCCCGAAACCGAAUGGCCAGAGCAGCCAGUGAAACAAUGGACAACUGACGAGGAGCUACGUACCAGAUUUCAACAUCAUCGAGAAAUGCCACAGCCUUUGAUUGACUUGAGUAGAUUCUCGAAUUGGAACCGCCUUUUACGCACGACGGCGUAUUUGCUACGCGCAGUGAAGUUGUUCCGAACACGAGGCAAAUCGGGACCGCUGACCAGCGAGGAGUUGCUGCAGGCUGAAAAUUUGCUGUGGCGACAGGUGCAGUAUGAAACUUUCCCGGACGAGUACUGUGUGCUGGAAUUCAACAAGGCGAAUCCGGAGAAGAAGCAGAAGCGAAUCGAGAAGAGCAGUCCAUUGUUCGAACAGUCGCCGUUCAUGGACGACGUGGGCGUGAUAAGGAUGAAUAGCAGGGUUAGUGCUGCUCCUACCGUAUCCUUUAGAAUGAAAUAUCCAAUUAUCUUGCCGAGGGAACACACUCUAACAGCCCUUCUUGUCGAGAGUUACCACAGACGGUUCAAACAUCAGAACGGUGAAACGGUGUUCAACGAAAUACGUCAGCAGUUUCGAAUACCGAAGUUGCGCCCUCUGAUACAACGUGUCGCCCGGAGCUGCCAGACCUGCAGGCUUCGUAAGUCAACCCCACGACCACCAAUAAUGGCACCACUUCCGAAGGUUCGGUUGACACCCCACAUCCGGGCGUUCAGCCACACUGGCGUCGACUACUUCGGCCCAAUCCUGGUUAAGCAGGGUCGUAGUUUGAUGAAACGCUGGGUGGCACUCUUCACGUGUCUGACUACACGAGCGGUGCACCUGGAGAUAGUGUACAGCCUUUCAACACAGUCCUGUGUGAUGGCAAUCCGCCGAUUCGUUGCACGCAGAGGAUUCCCGUCAGACCUCUACUCAGACAACGGAACCUGUUUUCGCGGAGCUAGCAACCUGUUGACGGAGCAGAUGGAAGCCAUUCACGAACACUGCGCUGUGACCUUCACCAAUGCCAGAACGAGCUGGCACUUCAAUCCCCCAUCUGCACCUCACAUGGGGGGCUGUUGGGAACGGAUGGUGCGUUCUGUGAAGGCAGCUAUGGGAGCCAUCUCAGAACAUCCUCGUCAUCCAAGCGACGAGGUUCUGGAGACUGUAGUGUUGGAAGCCGAAGCGAUUGUGAAUUCACGGCCGCUGACCUACGUACCACUCGACAACGAAAACCAAGAGGCAUUAACACCGAACCAUUUUCUGCUGUACGGAUCAAGUGGUAUGGUACAACCGCGGACUUCACUGGUGGCUGACGGUGCCACGCUACGGGACAGCUGGAAGCUGGCCCAGUUUCUAGCAGAUUUAUUUUGGAAACGUUGGGUCCGUGAGUAUCUACCGACGCUCACUAGACGGACUAAAUGGUUUGAGCCCGCGAAGCCUAUGGAACCCGGAGAUUUAGUCGUUAUUGUCGAAGAAAAUAAGCGGAAUGGAUGGUUGCGAGGACGUGUCGUCGAAGUCAUUCGAGGUAAGGAUGGCCAGGCUCGAAGCGCAGUAAUACGCACCGCUGAUGGGAUCUUGAAACGGCCGAUGGUGAAGCUGGCGUUGUUGGAAGUUCGCGAUGAUCAGGAACAAGGAACCCCGGAACUACACGGGAGGGGGAAUGUUAAAAACCAGCAAUCUUCCAACACUGAUAGUCGUGGAGUGAAUUCCGAGCGCUCCCCUGCCGGUACCCGUCAUCGCGACAGCAGACAAAAGUCAACGCCAGAACAGUAA